AUGCAGAACAACUCAAGGAACUUCAGGGCAAGCUGCCUUCUGGGCUUCUUGCUGCUGCUGCUGGCUGCUGCUUCCAGAGGGAUGAGGCUGCCCAGGGGAAACAAGCCUUCCUGGCAGGAUUGCAAAGAUGCCUCGCAGGAGAUACUCAGCGAGUUGUGGAAGUUGAGGCUAGAGGAGAAGGAGGUGGUAAAUACGACCGUUGAACUUCCCCAGAGGAUUGAAUGCAGAGACAAAUGUGAUCCAGAUUCGUUGGACAAUAAUAAAAUGGUUGGAGGAAAUAUGGAAAGCAGCAGCCCAGCCCUCCCGCCCACUUUGGCACCAUGGGUAAAGCAAGCCUUGGAGGGCCCCAUCCUGCUCCGCUUGCAGUCCUUCGCUGUUGUGGUGGCAAGAGUCAUUUCCCAUUGCGCAGCGUUAGCCAGGAAUGCAAACUAAGAUCAGAGGGAAGGCCCAACGAAGAAGGGUCGAUUUGUGUGUCCUGAGUCGUACGCUUUUCAUUGUAUUUAAUUG